AUUGGAUUUGUCCCGACCCUUCUUCCCGAACCGAUAGAGACGCCACUUUAGUCACCCCCGGACCAACCCCAUCCCCCCAUCCUCUUCCCCCCAUCCUCUUCCCCCCAUUCGACACACGCCAACGGAAGUGAAGAUGGCGGCGCAAGCUCAGAGAUCACCCACCAAUGCUGUUAACGAUACCUUAGCGUCACUGGAGUCGUUGAUCAGACUCGAUACCGAGGCUACCGUUGGGGAUCUAGAUCUCCUAGUGCGCAUCAACAAGCAUGCUGCGGAGCGGUAUCGAGGCAUGGCCGAUGCUGCCGAAGGGCUGGAAACUGAUGCUGAGUACCUCAAAACGAAGUAUGAUGAGGUCAACAAGUACAUCAAGCAGGUGGGCGAGCUCGAUGACCGCGUGAGCGAUCUGGAGGCUAUCGUCAGGGAGCUCGAAGAGUGGACUGGCGAGCUAGAAAUCAAAGUACGGCGUAUUGCUCCGCGGCGUUAACAUAACGAAGCAUAAAUUCAUCUAUCCAUUUGUCUUCAU